AUUUUGAACUGCACCUUAGUUGCUUGUAAACAGCCAGACCGCGCCUGCAUACGCUGCCCCCACUGAAGGAUGCCCGUCUUCUCCCGCUACUACAACACCGGCCUGCUGUGCGGCGUGGCUGUUGCUAGCGGCAUUUCUAUUUGGUGGUAUAACCGUGAGAGCAUCUACGUGCGCGUGAAGUCCGACCUCGAGAAGGAGGGCAAGACCGCUGCUAAGCACUAAAUUGCCCUAGAUUAAGAACAAGAUGCCAAAGCGAAAGCAGGAGAACGCCGGCCCCGCCCCUCGGCCUCAGCGGACGCCCGCAAAGGCUCCGCAAGCUGGCGAUGCAGCAGGAGACACAGCGCUGACAGCGUCCGAUAAGCCCAACCGCCCGCCGACAGCGUUUGAGAACAGGCUGUAUGAGCUCUGCAAGUGCAUUCCUAAGGGAAAGGUCAGCACGUACGGAGCCAUGGCCAUCGUUCUUGAGAGCGCGCCACGGGCAGUCGGGCAGGCUCUGCGCCGCAACCCCUUUUGCCCUGUGGUGCCCUGUCACCGAGUGGUGGCAGCGGACCUGAACAUCGGCGGCUUCUCAGGCGGCUGGGGCAUUUCGGACCCUAAGGUCCAGCGCAAGCGGCGGCUGCUGGAGGGGGAGGGCGUGAGCUUCGAGGACGCCGGCGGCGCGGCAGAGGGCACCUGGCGGGUGCUGAAGCAGUACGUGGUGGGGCCAGAGGAGCUGCAGGGGCUGCAGCAGGGGCAGCGACAGCCAGCAGUGCACAAGGCGGGGCGGGCGUCGGUGGUGGAGGCGGCUGCUCCCGCUGCUGCUGGAGCGGGAGCGAGCGACCCGGUUGGGCAGACGGAUAAGGAUGUGGGCGCGGGGGCAGGCGGCGUGCAGGGGCGCAAGAAGAAGCGGGUGCAGGUGUAGGGUAGGAUGGGGGAUGGUUGGCUGCAGGCGGUGGUCAUGUUUGCAGGCGAAAGACGCAGGGAAUUGAGGACAUGUUUCUAAGCCGCCCGCAUGGGCUGGCUCUGGCUUAUAUUGCAGUGCGUUAGUGAAUUUGUUGAUGGAGUAAAGAGGGUCUUGUAGCGUGAUCUUGUAGGCAGGUAGGCAAUUGUGGCGCUGGCCACGCUGCCGCGGCUGCACCUGAGCAGUGCUCCGAUACAGGCAGUGGAAGACGUAGCAGCGCGAAACUGAUGGAAGGUCUUGGUGAAUGAGCCUUUGAUGCAUAUGUCUUGCUUGAUGCCGGGUGGGCCGGGGGCGGGAAUAUGAAGCGAGGGGGUACGGUAUGCUGCAUGCAGCGAAGAUUAGCACCAGGCGAUUUAUGUACCAGGCGCAGCACC